GUUGUUGGCUUCAGCUGCUUUUCCCCAGAGGACCCCUGCUCAGCCUGGCCCUAGACUACCUCUUCUAAUCCCACCAGAGCAGUGGAAGAGGAUCUGCUGUGCACACACCACACAUACCUGCUCAUCAGCUGGGAGCGGAACACCUGAGAGGCCCAACUGCAGCACCAUGGACUUCCUUUUCCAGUUGCUGUUCUCCCCUCUCCCGGCCCCGGCCAUCAUCUCCCUGUUUGCCCUGGCAGCUGCUACCCUGUUUUACCUCAAUACGCGGCCCAGUCCCGUCCGGAUCCCCAUUGAUCUGAACUGCCAAACUCUGGGCAUCAAGGAUGGAGCAAGGAAGAGUGCAUUGCUUGAGGAUAACAACAACAUCGUAUCGUAUUACUAUGCUGAUGCCAAGACAAUCUACGAGAUUUUUCAGAGGGGUCUGAGAGUUUCAGGCAAUGGACCUUGCUUGGGCUACAGAAAACCAGGAAGGCCAUUCCAGUGGCUGAAGUACAAACAGGUAUCUGAUAGAGCAGAGCACCUGGGAUCAGGACUUAUCCAUAAGGGUUUGAAGCCAAACAGUGACACUUUCAUUGGCAUCUUUGCUCAGAAUAGACCUGAGUGGAUUAUUGGUGAGCUGGCCUGUUACACCUACUCCAUGGUAGCGGUUCCCCUGUACGACACCCUGGGUCCUGAGGCUCUUGAGUUCAUUAUCGACCAAGCGGACAUCACCACAGUGCUUUGUGACAACCAAAGCAAAGCAGAAACACUGCUGCAGUCCCGGGAGAAAGGCCAGACUCCAGUUCUCAAAACUAUCAUCAUCAUGGACCCUUUCAACUCUGAGUUAGUCGAGCGAGGAACCAAGUGUGGGGUGGACAUUGUGUCCAUGCAGGAUGUGGAGGCUCUGGGGAAAAGUAAUCUUCAAAAUCCAGUUCCACCAAAGCCAGAAGACCUCAGUAUUGUUUGUUUCACCAGUGGCACUACAGGAAACCCCAAAGGAGCAAUGUUGACCCAUGAGAAUGUGGUAUCUGAUGCUGCAGGUGUCCUCAAAGCCUUUGAGACGUCAGUUGUUCCAAAUACUCAGGAUGUCAGCAUUUCAUUCCUGCCUUUAGCACACAUGUUCGAGAGAGUUGUACAGACGGUGAUGUAUGGUGUUGGGGCCAAGGUGGGAUUCUUCCAGGGUGACAUCAGACUGCUGCCAGAUGAUAUGAAAACCCUGCAGCCUACCGUUUUCCCAGUAGUGCCUCGACUUCUCAACCGUGUCUAUGACAAAGUUCAGAGUGGAGCUAAAUCUCCUUUCAAGAAAUGGCUGCUGAACUUUGCUGUGGAGAGGAAAUAUGCUGAAGUGAGGGAGGGCAUCAUCAGGAACAACAGCAUAUGGGACAAGCUCAUCUUCCACAAAGUCCAGGAGUCUCUGGGGGGACGAGUGCGGAUCAUGGUGACAGGAGCAGCACCCAUAUCUCCCUCUGUGCUCAACUUCCUCAGGGCUGCUCUGGGUUGCCAGAUCUUUGAGGCAUAUGGACAGACGGAGUGCACAGCUGGCUGCACCUUCACCAUGCCAGGAGAUGCCUCCUCUGGGCAUGUUGGCGUACCUCUGCCUUGUAAUGUUGUGAAGUUGGAGGAUGUUGAAGAAAUGAACUACUUUGCUUCAAAUGGAGAAGGGGAGGUCUGCAUCAAGGGUAGUAAUGUGUUCAAGGGGUACUUGAAAGACCCAGAGAAGACUGCAGAGACCUUGGAUAAAGACGGUUGGCUCCACACUGGGGACAUUGGAAAAUGGCUUCCGAGUGGAGUUCUUAAGAUUAUUGACCGGAAGAAGAACAUCUUCAAGCUGGCUCAAGGGGAGUACAUAGCACCAGAGAAGAUUGAGAAUGUGUAUGUACAUAGUGGAGCUGUUGCCCAAGUAUUUGUGCAUGGAGACAGUCUACAGUCCUUCCUGGUUGCCAUUGUUGUCCCUGAUCCUGAGGUCCUGCCAGGUUUUGCCAACAAUCUGGGGUGCCAAGGCUCCAUUGAAGAACUCUGCAAAAACACAGAAAUCAAGAAAGCCAUUCUUUCAGACAUGGUCACUCUGGGCAAAGAAGCAGGACUAAAGUCCUUUGAGCAGGUGAAGGAUGUUUAUCUCCACCCAGAGCAGUUCACCAUUGAAAACGGUCUGUUAACUCCCACUCUGAAGGCCAAGAGGGCUGAGCUCAAAGCUUUCUUCCAGCCACAGAUUGACAGACUGUAUGCUAAUGUCCAAUAAAUCAAAUGAAACUACACAACAAA